AUGGGAGAUCCUGGCUGGUGGUCUUUCCGCAUUCCUGGAGUGACCUUCAGCAGGGGGGCAGGAUCCCGGCCUCGGGCCGUGCGGGUCGAACCCGGAGUACAGGGGCUCGGUGGUACCGGAGGGGGGAGGAGGAGCUCGAUGAAGACCGGAGCUGGGGCUCCGUCCCUCGGGGGAGACGCCGAGCCCAGGUUUCACCAGGCCGGCCGGACGCCGAGCAGCUCGCCCGGUUGCAAAACACCUGGAGAAAAGACGGGAGGGGCCGGCCGCGCCGAUUGGCUGAAGGCGCUGUCAAUCAAGCGGACCGCCUCCCAGGUGGCCGUUGUCAAGCUGAAGGACACGGAGCGUGUCUUCGCGAUGAAGAUCCUGCACAAGUGGGAGAUGAUCAAGCGCGCCGACACGGCGUGUUUUCGGGAGGAGAGGGACGUGCUGGUGAAGGGGGACAACCAGUGGAUCACGACGCUGCACUACGCCUUCCAGGACGACAAGUACCUGUACCUAGUGAUGGGCUCCUCUCUCUCCUCUCAGUACCUAGUGAUGGGCUCCUCUCUCUCCUCUCAGUACCUAGUGAUGGGCUCCUCUCUCUCCUCUCAGGACAUCAAGCCCGACAACGUGCUGAUCGACAUGAACGGACACAUCAAGCUGGCGGACUUCGGCUCCUGUCUGCGGCUGGGCAGCGACGGGAAGGUGCAGUCAUCGGUCGCCGUGGGAACCCCGGACUACAUCUCCCCCGAGAUCCUGCAGGCGAUGGAGGAUGGCAGGGGGCGCUAUGGCACGGAGUGCGACUGGUGGUCUCUGGGGGUGUGCAUGUACGAGCUGCUCUUCGGGGAGACGCCCUUCUACGCCGAGUCGCUGCUGGAGACCUACAGCAAGAUCAUGAACCACAAGGAGCAUCUCAAGUUCCCCUCUGAUGUCACCGACGUGUCCGCUGAGGCCAAGGACCUGAUUGGCCAGCUGAUCUGUGACCAUGACAGCCGACUGGGCCAGAAGGGUAUUCAGGAUUUCCGGGAUCACCCGUUCUUCCAGGGGAUCAAGUGGGAUCGCAUCCGAUCCAGCACCCCCCCACACAUCCCGGAUGUCAGCAGCCCAGCAGACACCUCAAACUUUGAUGUGGACGACGAGUCGCUGAAGAACCCAGUCAGUAACCCCAGCACUCCGUCUGAGCCUUUGCCUGUCUGUCUGUCCAUCCGU